AUGUUGAGGCGCAGCUUGGAAGACUGGGAUGCUCAGACGAGACAACUGCAAGAUGCUGUCACCAAUGUGGAGAAACAUUUCGGAGAGCUGUGCCAGAUCUUUGCUGCUUACGUGCGGAAAACCGCCCGACUGCGAGGCAAAGUGGACCUCCUGGUGAAGGAAAUCAACGUGUAUGCCUCUACUGAGACCCCGCACUUAAAGCAGGGCCUGAAAAACUUUGUGGGAGAGUUUGCCAGACUUCAGGAUUAUCGACAAGCCGAG